AUAUUUAAUGGGAUCCUUCGUGGACCGAUCCCUUUGUCUUUGGUGGACCGAACCGUAUUUGCUCCUAGAGAGGUGUCACUCAUAGUUCUGUUAAUUCCCGCUUGGCUUCGUUUUUCACCUUUCACAGUUGUGCAACAGUGCACGACUUUCCCUACCGUCACUCUUUCUUUCACGACCAACAGCACCAUUAGAGCCAACGAAAUGCAGAAUUCCUUCAUCAUCAUCCGAGCCAUAUUUUUCACCCUCAUCCUUUAUUUCAAUUUACUAGCAACUAUAUUUGCAGGGUGGAAUAUCAUGUCCUCUACUUCUUCUGGGAUGCCAGCGCCUGGUGCAGCGGCAUUCCUUGUCAUAAACGCUGCCCUCAUAUUCGCUCUUACAAUCCUAGCAUAUUCGGCGGAGGUUAUAUGCCCGAAAGCGAGGCCUUCCCAUGUUAGAUUUGAGUGUGGCUGGACUGUACUGAUGGGCGUGCUUCAGCUAGCUGCCAGCAUUUAUGUCACAACCGCUCGUUCCCCAGCGUUUUGUCAAUCGCAAUCCACGUGGACUAUCUGCGCCUCUGCAGCACUACUUACGCCGAUCAGCUGGUUAGCCACGUCCACCAUGCUUGUGUAUUGUGUUACGUUAUGCGUCAUGGCAGCAACUCAUGUUCAUUUCUUGCCUGCCCUUUGGAAAAUGCCUGUGAACGCGGUUCCUUGGUUCAACCUCGCUGAUUCGCUACCUGUCUCUCUUCCCUCACGCCCAUUAUCGGAAAUAUCAUCGUCCACUUGGGCUGAAAGCGGCAGUUCUUGCAGUAUCUCCAAAUACAUUGUGGACACUUGGGAAAGGCUUCAUAGAGUCGAAGGACGUGUCAUCGAACCCUCGAAGCCUAUCCUGUUUUCCCGCAAUUGUCCAUCCAUCGAUUCUACUCGACCGGCGUGGGCGAAGCAACUUGAACUUCAGACUCGGCGUGGUGUGGACCAACCUUUUUUGACACAACGCUUAUCGCCGUCCAGCAGCUCUCCAAAGGCACCCCUGCCACCUCCAAAAGCUUGUGCCAGACAGGCGUCCGGUUCGAAUGGCUUGAAGUAUUCUGAGACUUUUGUGGAUUUGCAGCUGGGUAAAAAUACAUCCUGCUCAACUUUGACGCUACCGACACCCACCAUUUUUCCGAAGAGGAUUGCAGAUCCUGAUCUGCCCAUCCCACGACCACGAUUGUCUGAGUGGAUACCCGCGAGCGUGGCCAAUUUUCAUGCCGAACUCUGAUGACCCCUUUUUGGUCACCAUCCUUGCUCUUAAAUCACUUUCUUGUCCCAAUCAACAUAUCCAAUUGUAUCCCUUACCAUAUUUAGCUUUCAUUCGGACUUUG